GUUGUGCAAUACAUUCGAUCAGCUUCAGUUAACCAAAUCACAAUAAAGAUGUACAAAACAAGCCUUGUCUUUGCUGUAAUAUGCCUAGUAGCUAGCUGCAGCGCUGUUGAUGAAUCAAAUGCCGUUGUUACCAAGUACAGAUCUGAAAUUAACGAAGAUGGCAGUUACAGCUAUGAAUAUGGCACCUCAAACAACAUUCAGGCUCAGGAGUCGGGAGUUGGUGGCUCUUAUGCUGCAGGCUCCCAUUCCUACACAGAUCCUGAAGGACAACUCGUAAAUCUCGAAUAUACUGCUGAUGAGAACGGUUACCAGCCCAGGGGCGAUCAUUUGCCCACUCCUCCCCCAAUUCCCGAUUACAUUCUGAGGGCUUUGGAAUAUAUUGAAGCACAUCCCUUCAAAAGGAUUCAGCUUAAGAAAUGAGCCAAAUCGUGUAGUAAAUUGUUGCAUACUUGUUAUUAGCUUAAGUUAGUAAAUGUUGACU